AUGAAGAAAGUUGAUUUUUUGUUGAUCCUUUUAUGUUUAAACGCAGCAUCAUUUGUAGUGUUUGGUGAUCCACAAACAUGUCCUGCGGAUUUGGGAGGGAAGUGUAGUGACUCUGAUGAUUGGGAAGGAGAUUUCUUCCCUGAUAUCCCCAAGAUUAAGUAUGAGGGGCCUACGAGUAAGAAUCCACUUGCUUACAGGUGGUAUAACGCAGAAGAGGAGAUUCUUGGCAAGAAAAUGAAGGACUGGUUUAGAUUCAGUGUUGCGUUUUGGCAUACUUUCCGUGGGACGGGAGGUGACCCAUUUGGUGCUGCUACAAAGUAUUGGCCUUGGGAAGAUGGUACUAACUCUCUGGCUAUGGCUAAGAGAAGAAGUAAAGACAUAGCCCCUGAUGGCAAUACACUUGAGGAAUCUAACAAAAACUUGGAUGAAGUUAUCGAACUUGCCAAAGAACUCCAAAAGGGAAGCAAAAUCAGGCCAUUGUGGGGAACAGCUCAGCUUUUCUUGCAUCCUCGUUACAUGCACGGAGGAGCAACCAGCUCUGAGGUUGGAGUUUAUGCUUACGCUGCUGCUCAGGUGAAGAAAGCAAUGGAGGUGACACAUUACUUGGGCGGUGAAAACUACGUUUUCUGGGGCGGUCGUGAAGGUUAUCAGACCCUCUUGAACACUGAUAUGGGAAGAGAGCUCGACCAUCUGGCCAGAUUCUUUGAAGCUGCUGUUGCGUACAAGAAAAAAAUUGGAUUCAACGGCACACUUUUAAUCGAGCCCAAGCCUCAAGAACCCACCAAGCACCAGUAUGACUGGGAUGCUGCAACAGCUGCCAACUUCCUGAGGAAAUACGGACUUAUUAACGAAUUUAAACUCAACAUUGAGUGUAACCACGCCACGCUUUCCGGGCACACCUGUCAUCACGAGCUUGAAACUGCAAGAAUUAAUGGUUUACUUGGAAACAUUGAUGCAAACACUGGCGAUGCUCAGACUGGAUGGGAUACAGAUCAGUUUCUUACAGAUGUUGGAGAAGCAACCAUGGUUAUGAUGAGUGUCAUCAGAAAUGGUGGGAUUGCUCCAGGAGGCUUCAACUUCGACGCCAAAUUGCGAAGAGAGAGUACAGAUGUGGAAGACUUGUUCAUUGCUCAUAUUAGUGGAAUGGACACAAUCGCUCGUGGAAUGAGAAAUGCAGUCAAAAUCUUGGAGGAGGGAAGCCUAACCGAAUUGGUACGGAAGAGAUAUUCGAGUUGGGAUUCGGAGAUUGGGAAGCAAAUAGAAGAAGGAAAAGCAGAUUUCGAGUAUCUUGAGAAGAAGGCUAAAGAGUUUGGAGAACCAAAGGUUCCUUCUGCUAAACAGGAGCUCGCUGAGAUGAUCUUCCAGUCAGCAAUGUAG